GCUGCUGCUGCCUGAGAACUUCAGUCCCGAACCAGAUCCAGAUCCAGAACCAGAUCCAGAUCCAGAGCAACAUGCUGCGUGUGCGGUGUCUGAGAGGAGGGAGCCGAGGAGCAGAAGCUGCUCAUCUGAUCGGAGCUAUGGUGAGUCGCACGGUGUCGGGAUGGGUGUCACACGCGUUCCGCAGCACUUCGAGUUCCGCCACCUCGGUAACCGAGCACACACCCGAGGACUGCCCCGUGUGCGCAUACAACGAGUGGGACCCACUCGAGGAGGUGAUUGUCGGGAGAGCUGAGAAUGCCUGCGUUCCCCCGUUCACUGUGGAGGUCAAGGCCAACACCUAUGAGAAAUACUGGCCCUUCUACCAGCAGCACGGGGGACACACAUUCCCCAAGGACCACUUGAAGAAAGCAGUCGCUGAAAUCGAGGAAAUGUGCAAUAUACUCCAGCAUGAGGGAGUCACAGUGAGACGACCGGAACCCAUCGACUGGUCAGUGGAGUAUAAAACCCCGGACUUCACCUCCACCGGCAUGUAUGCAGCGAUGCCGAGAGAUAUCCUGAUCGUGGUGGGGAACGAGAUCAUCGAGGCCCCGAUGGCCUGGAGGGCCCGGUUCUUCGAGUACCGUGCGUAUCGGCCCCUCAUCAAGGAGUACUUCAGACGAGGAGCCAAGUGGACCACUGCACCCAAACCCACCAUGAGUGACCAGCUGUACGAUCAGGAUUACCCCAUGCGCACCGUGGAGGACAGACAUAAGCUGGCUGCUCAAGGGAAGUUUGUCACCACUGAGUUCGAGCCGUGUUUCGACGCUGCAGACUUCAUCAGAGCUGGCACUGAUAUCUUUGUACAGAGGAGUCAGGUUACAAACUACAUGGGCAUCGAGUGGAUGAGACGUCACCUCGCCCCAACCUACAAGAUCCACAUACUCUCCUUCAAAGACCCAAACCCCAUGCACAUCGAUGGCACCUUUAACAUCAUCGGCCCGGGGCUGGUGCUGUCCAAUCCGGAUCGGCCCUGCAGGCAGAUCGAGAUGUUCAAGAAGGCCGGCUGGACUGUGGUGACUCCUCCGACUCCUCUUGUUCCAGACAAUCAUCCGCUGUGGAUGUCGUCCAAGUGGCUCUCGAUGAACGUGCUGAUGCUGGGUGAGAAGCGUGUGCUGGUGGAUGCUAAUGAGACGAGCACCCAGAAGAUGUUUGAAAGUCUCGGAAUCAAGAGCAUUAAAGUCAGCAUCCGGCACGCUAACUCUCUGGGAGGAGGCUUUCACUGCUGGACGACGGACGUGCGCCGGCGCGGGACGCUCCAGUCCUACUUCCUCUAGUCAAGAGAGACACGCAGUUCUUAUUGAGCUCAGAAUUCACCAUGGUCAUACGCCGCAGACGUAUCUGUUCUCGCGCUGAUUUGUAUUACCAAAUAUGUAAAUAAUAUUUGACCUUUGAUCGUUUCAGUCUGUAAAGAUGAGCUCUUGUCCUUCAAGGCAGCUUGAAGUAAGUUUGUGUUACUGAAUGACAAUAAUAACCCGCAACAAACUGUUGCACACUAUAAACUUUAAAAACUUGUAUCGAUGUUAUUGUUACUUCAGUAACACAAGCUUACUUCAUGCUGCCUUGAAGGAUGAAAUAUAUUUACAUUUAUUCAUUUAGCUGAUGCUUUUAUCCAAAGCGACUUACAAUUGCUAUAAAUGUCAGAGAUCGCACACCUCUGGAGCAACUAGUGGUUAAGUGUCUUGCUCAGGGACACAUUGGUGUCUCACAGUGGAUUUGAACCUGGGUCUCUCACACCAAAGGCAUGUGUCUUAUCCACUGCGCCAACACCACCCCAACACCAAAUAUAUAUGUAUUUACAAUAUGCACGCAACUGAAUGGCGUCUGUACUUCCCAAUCAGAGAGCACCUGUCCAUCAAAAGCUCACUAUCCAAUCAGAGUAGCUCACUGUUAAGCCCGCCCCCACGAGAAGUUUGUGUCAAAACACCAAACGAAAAACUGCGAAUAAGCGAAAUCUGUGCCAAUGCAUUCAGAAUCCACGAUUAGCGAAACUGAAUCUUUGCAAAGAAUGAAGAAAGAAUGAAGCAUAUUUGAAGAGCCUGUUAAAUUUGUGCAUAUUUUUGAUAGUUUUUGAAAAAGUUGCAUUCAGUUUUAUAAAGUUACGUUCAUUUUUAUUGAACAAAAUGUAAUUCCAUAAGUUUAUAUCUCCUAUUUACCAACAUGAAAAAACAAAGACACAGCAUAUUUUGAUUUGUAAUGACUUCUUAUUCAAUGCAUUUUAAUUUUAAUUUUAAAAAUCUCUUUUUUUUUUUACCCUACAUGUGAUGUGCCAAGUGUUGAUUUGUAAACUCAGGUAUUUCUGUAGCUAUAUUUCAGCUAUUUUGUAAGAAUUUCAUACAAAUUUUAACAUCUAUAUGGAUAUAAUUUCCCUUCACGAAAGUGUUUUCUAGCAUCUUCCUCUGAUGUGGAUCUCAAGAGCAGGAGUCAGGACGCUGUGCGCUGCGUUCACACCACGUUUGGCUGAUUAUUCGCUCUGCUCUUGGGCUGUGUUUCUCUAGUUAAACUUGUUGAGUGUGAUUGCAUGUCAGGUCAAACCAAUCAAAUAAAGAUACACUUGGAAAUCAG